AUGAAGACCACGGAAGUUAUGAAACCCUAUCGGAUGGAAGACUUUCUGCGGACACAGUGGUUCCAGAAGCUAUCGCAGAUGGAGCACUUUAAAUGGCAAAGGAACCCGGAGGACAAUAGCCUGGUUAACGCCUCAAUGAGAGGCUUCUGGCUAUCGGCUUUCCUCAACGUCGUAUUCUUCGGCAGCAAUGUGGGGGAUAUCCUUCGCCAUUUGUGGCUGGGCAGACCGGCGAAUCAGAAUCCUCCCGUAUUUAGCAUCACCAUGUACUUCUCCAUUCGCGGACUGAUGCUCUUCCUGAAGCGGCGAGAAAUCGUGGAAUUUGUUAACGACUUGGAUCGGGAGUGUCCUCGUGACUUGGUCAGUCAGCUGGAUAUGCAAAUGGAUCAGACUUAUCACCACUUUUGGCAGCGCUAUCGCUUCAUCCAGAUCUAUGCCAAUGUCGGUGGUCCAAUCUUCUGUCUGAUGCCCGUGGCCUUCUUCCUGCUGGGUCACGAGGGCAACGGAGUUCCGGUGGCCCAGCAUGAGCAACUUCUGGCCGGCUGGCUGCCAUGGGAUCUGCGCAAGGAUCCUAGAUUUUAUUUUCUCGUCUGGUUCAUCGAUGUGGCCUGCACCACUUGCGGUGUCUCCUUCUUCGUGACCUUUGAUAAUCUAUUUAAUGUGAUGCAGGGACAACUGCUUAUGCAUCUCAAUUACCUUGCCCGGCAGUUUGCAGACCUCGAUCCAAGUCAGAGUUUGAACAAUGAGGGGGCUUUCUUCUCGGUUCUGAGGAGGUUGGUGCAGAGGCAACAGCUCCUCAAUGGACUGUGUAAUAAAUAUAAUGAGAUCUUCAAGGUGGCCUUCCUGGUGAGUAACUUUGUGGGGGCCGGAUCCCUCUGCUUUUAUCUCUUCAUGCUGUCGGAAACAUCGGAUGUGCUGAUCAUCGCCCAGUAUAUCAUACCCACCAUGGUCCUGGUGGGCUUCACCUUUGAGAUCUGCCUGCGCGGUGCACAGCUGGAGGAGGCAUCGGAGAGGCUGGAGCUGGCCUUAAGUAGCCAGAAUUGGUAUUUGGGCAGCCAGAGGUACCGGAAGUUCUUCCUACUCUGGAUGCAGUAUGCUCAGCGAACACAAAAACUAGGAGCCUUUGGCCUAAUCCAGGUUAAUAUGGUGCACUUUACCGAUAUUAUGCAGCUGGCCUAUAGGCUGUUCACCUUCCUCAAAUCGCAUUAGAUUUCCUUUGUACUUAU